AUGGCCACGGCCGACCCCGCCCAGCCACCCAAGGCCGACGAUGGCCAAAAGAGCGGGAGAAGGGAUGAGGGGAAGGGGGGGAGGGUGGAGUGGGGCGACACGGCGCCGCCCAGGCGCAGGGCGCCGCGGAGGAGACGGAGGGCGGCACCACCCGCUGAGGGCCCGCCCGGGGAGGAGCCAGAGGAGCCCCUGCGCGGACUGUACUUCGUGAGGAUCGCGAAGCCCAGUUUCGACGGCCUGGCCGUGGCCAGGCUCCAGCAGGAGUUGGAAAUGCACGUCGCGUCUGUGAAGCUGCUGACGGAGACGCUGAGAGUGAAGAGGAUGGACAAGAACCAGGCGCAUGCCAACACGCAGAUAGCACAGGAAGCCCUGCGUGCCUCCCAGCAGCGGGUACGAGCCAAGAGGCAGGAGGUUCAGCCCCUGCGGGCCGCAAGCCGCAGAAGCAGUGCAGCCAACAGGGAGCUCAGGGACAGCCGACAGGGUCUGGAGUACCUGACAGAGGAGGAGCUUGACAAGCGAAUAGCCGGGCUGGAGUACAGUAUCGAGCACGAGACGGUGUCUCACAGGGAGGAGAAGGACAUCGUUGCUCAGAUCAAGAAAUUGCAGGCCCAGAGGCCACGUGUUCGCGAGUAUGCGGCAAAGAAGGCGUCUGUAAAUGCACAGGUUCCCACCCCGGAGGACAUGGCCUACCUAAGCCAAGCUGACAGGGAGCUCAAAGUGCUACGAGAGGAGGAGGAUUCUUGCAGGAAUGUGCAGCGUGAGCUGCUGAAGGUGGAGAAGAGAAUCGAUGAGGAGGUGAGGGAGGUGCUUAAGGAAAGGGCGGAGGUGACUGCUGCCAAAGACGCGACUUUCAAGCAACUGAGGGUGGCUCAGGGCACAGGCCGCGGGGGGAGGCAGGGCGCUUGGCGAAAUAACAGGGCCUUCAGCAAGAAGGUGCGGGCAAUGGUGGCAGAAGGCAAGAUCGAGGAAGCCAAGGAGGCCUGCGAGCAGCAGACUGAGGCCAUGAUGGCAAAGCUGAACAGUGACACGGCGUACAGGGAGGAGUAUCUCAAAGCCUGGGAGACGCAGCGGCAAGCGCCCCGUGUGGUGGUCGGUAUGCCGGAGGCAGAUGUGGAGCCAAGAGAACCGAAGCCCAGGAAAAAAAGGGAGCCCACCAGUUCAAUUCUUGAUGUGCCUCUGAAGCCUGGCCAGAGCAAGGCAGACGCCGUCAUUGAGCGCGCUCUGGCAGCUGCCACGGCGGAGCUGGCUGCAGAAAAAGCAGGGUGUGCAGAUCCUCUGCUCAAGCCAUCUGGGGUUUCAAGAGAGUGCGAGCCCGUUGUUGGUGACUCUGCCACUGAACCAAGAAAGCCACCUGCUCCCAAGAAGGAGGCAGUCAAUCAUUUGCCCAUGAAUAACAGCAUGAACAGCUCUGCUGCCCCAGAUGUACUUCCGUUCGAGCUGCCAGCUGCUGCCAAGGAGCAAGUGGCCCAGCUGAUCAAUGACAAAGACGUUCAGAAAAAGAUAGCUCAGGAAGGCAAGGGCCGGAAGGAGAGGAGCAAGACCUUGGCGCAGAAACGACGCCAGAAGGCCAUCGAGGGAAAGCAGGCAAGGGAGGCCGAUGCCAAGAAAGCCAGUGAAGAGACGAAAACACAGGGAACAUCUGUGGAACCCAAUGCGGAUGCUGAAGUGUCUUGCAGUGCCAUAGCUGCUUCUGUCCCAGAGACGGAAGUUGUGGCUGUGCCCAAGGCGGUCACGGCCAAGGAGGAGCCCCGAGCGCGGCACAGCACCCCUGAUGUUGCUGUCAAAACUAGGUCUGUGGGCGCCAGACAACGCAUGCCACGGAGGAGUAAGGGAGGAAUUGAAGCCAUUGCGAGCAAGUACCAGUGGCAUGCAGUUGCGGCGGUUCUUGCACUCUUGAUACUCUUAGCCGUGUGUCUCAUGGCCAUGUGA